GGCGGGGAGCCGGUGGCUGGUGGCUCCCGACUCGCUCGCUGCGGUCGCUGCGCUCCCGCCUGGCCGCCGCCUCUGCAGUCACAGCCGGGCAUGGACCUGCUCGGACGGGACCACGCCGCCGCCUCCCGGAGCUGCGCUUCGGGUCCUGCCUAAGCCAAGCCGAGCGCCGGGCUGUGCCGCUGCCGGCGGGGGAUGGGGCUUCCCGGGAGGCGCGCCGAGCCCGCAGGGGGAGCGCAGAGCCGGCACGCUGCGUGAGAGGAGCAGAGCAGCCCGUGCCGGGCCGGUCUGUGCGGUCUGUGCGCACGGCGCGCCCCCGUCGCCGCUGCUGCCGCUCGCGCCUCGAUGGCGCUGUCGCUCCGGUGCCACUGACUGCCCCGCGCCGCCAGUCCGGCCCGCGCGGCCGCCCUCGGAGCUCGCCGGCCGGGGGAGCGGCCUGCCGUGGAAGCUUACCCGCGCCCUCCCGCCCGGCCCCGCCAUGGCGCCGCGGCGCCUCCUGCUGCUGCUGCUGCUCUCGCUGGAGUCCCUGGAUCUGCUGCCCGGCGCCCGCGCCGCCCGCGGCCGCGCCGCCAACCGGACCCUGAGCGCCGGAGCAGCUGCCGUCGGGGGCCGGCGUCCCGGGGGCGCCCUGGCCCGCGGCGGCCGCGAGCUGAACGGCACCGCCCGGGCGUCCGGCGGCCCGGAGGCGGGGAGCCGGCGGGAACAGCCCUCGGCGGCGGUGGCGGCGGCCAGCGCGGCCGUCACCUAUGAGACGUGCUGGGGCUACUACGACGUGAGCGGCCAGUACGACAAGGAGUUCGCGUGUAACAACAGCGAGAGCGGCUACCUGUACUGCUGCGGCACCUGCUACUACCGCUUCUGCUGCAAGAAGCGCCAUGAGAAGCUGGACCAGCGCCAGUGCAACAACUACCAGAGCCCGGUGUGGGUGCAGACGCCCAGCACCAAGGUGGUGUCGCCGGGGCCCGAGAACAAGUAUGACCCGGAGAAGGACAAGACCAACUUCACCGUCUACAUCACCUGCGGGGUGAUCGCCUUCGUCAUCGUGGCCGGCGUCUUCGCCAAGGUCUCCUAUGACAAGGCCCACCGCCCUCCGCGGGAGAUGAACAUCCACAGGGCUCUGGCUGACAUCUUGAGACAACAGGGACCAAUCCCCAUAGCACACUGUGAAAGAGAAACGAUCUCAGCUAUCGAUACCUCCCCCAAAGAGAACACACCAGUCAGAUCGUCCUCCAAAAACCACUACACCCCUGUGCGCACGGCCAAGCCAACUCCAGGACAUUAUGGGAAGGAUGCUUACCGAAGUGGAGGAGCUGAUCUCCAUAACUUCAUCUCAUCUGGAUUUGUCACAUUAGGAAGAGGACACACGAAGGGUGAUCGUCAGUAUAACCAUCCGAUUUUAAGCAGUGCUACCCAGACCCCUACCCAUGAGAAGCCACGGAUAAACAACAUCCUGACAUCAGCCACUGAGCCCUAUGACCUGUCGUUCUCCCGCUCCUUCCAGAACUUGGCCCACCUACCCCCAUCCUACGAGUCUGCAGUGAAGUCCCACCCCAGCAAGUACUCGUCCCUGAAGCGGCUAACUGACAAGGAGGCUGAUGAGUAUUACAUGAGGAGGAGGCACCUGCCCGACUUGGCCGCCCGUGGCACCCUCCCCCUCAAUGUCAUCCAGAUGUCCCAACAGAAGCCCUUGCCUAGAGAGAGACCCCGGCGGCCCAUCCGUGCCAUGUCACAGGACAGGGUGCUGUCCCCGGCGCGGGGCCUGCCAGAUGAGUUCAGCAUGUCCUUCGACCGAAUCCUGUCUGAUGAGCAGCUACUGUCCACGGAGCGCCUGCACUCCCAGGACCCGCUGCUGUCCCCAGAGCGGACGGCCUUCCCCCAGCAGGCCCUGUCCAGGGCCCUCUCGCACACAGACGUCUUUGUGUCCACACCCAUGCUGGAACGCUACCGCAUGACCAAGAUGCACUCCCAUCCCAGUGCCUCCAGUAACUCCUAUGCCACGCUGGGCCAGAGCCAGACGGCGGCCAAGCGCCAGGCCUUCGCCUCGCGCAGACACAACACGGUGGAGCAGCUGCACUAUAUCCCCGGCCACCACACCUGCUACUCAGCCAGCAAGACCGAAGUGACCGUGUGACCACUUGGACAGGGCCAGGCACCUGGCAGAGCUGGGCAGGGACAGGAGGGGCCUAGAGCAGAGCUUCGAGCCCUGUGUCUCCCUUACCUUGCCCCUCUGGAGGAGGAGGGGGGUGGGCUGUCUUUGUCCAGAAAGCCAUACUCCCCAGAAGGAUGCAACCCAGUGGCCCUGCAAAGCCUCUCAGACUGGGACCUAGAGCAAUCACUCUCUCCCAGGAGAGUCAAAGGGAGUGAGCAGAGUGGUAGGCCAACCUCACCCCUGCUGCCAUCACCAACUCCCUUUCAGUUCCAUGUCCUCUCUCCCCUUCCUGGGCUCAGCUGCAGGUCACUCAGCCAAGAGUCCCUGGCCUAUCCCUGGCCUGACCCUGGUCUGAAGCUGCCCUGGGUUUGAGUUGGCCAGCAGGUGCGGUCAGCGGGCUGACAGAGCAGGCUACUCGGUCUCAAUUAUGUACCUAGGACCGCAUCACGGGAAUCUUCUAGUGCCUAAACACUGCCUGCUCACUCUCACCCUCGGAGACUGGGAGCUGCUGAGUCCAUAAAGCACAACAAUGAUCUCUUCUGCCAGCUGGAGCUCUCUGGUCCCCACUGAAUGGCCCUUCUUCUGCUGACCCCUCGAGGGCCCCCCCGCCCCUCCCCCAAGCCAUGGGACAAGGAAGGGCUCUCUUCCUUUACCUCCCUCCCCACUUCUGGGAACCCUGCCCAGUUCCAGCUGGCACCCCAACUUUAAGGUUCCCUUGGCCCAAAUUCUGGGGCUUUGCCCCUCCCCUAGCCCUAGAUGUUGUACCCCUGAGUUCCCCGGGGCUUAGCUCUGGCCCUCCUGGAAGAGAACAUCAAGGAGGUGCAGGGACUUUUGGGAUGCCCUCCCCAACAACCUGAUUAUCUCCACACUUCCUCCAGGCCUCUAGGUCUGAAGGAUGACAACCUGCCACUCAGGCCUGCCUUCCCCUCCCCUACUCUGCUCCCUAGAGGCAUCUGCCCAUGGCCAGAGAGCUGUAGGUGGGGAGGCCACUGUGAUGCCCUAAGUCUCAGGGGCUCGCCAUUCCCGUCAUCCAGGGCUCCACCUGUCUCCCACCAUGCACUCCAGGCAGGAUGGAGACAGAGGCUUCUAAAGAGGGGCAGCUCAGCCCUCAGUCCAGGAGGGCCCGAGGUGGUUGUCCCACACCAUGUACACUCCUCUCUCUCCAUCACUGCCCACCUUCCUGGCCCCUUCUUCGUAUAGAAUUGCUUACUCUGCCUGUUUCCCCUUCCCCCGCCUCUAGUCCUCCUGCAGCUCCAUUAUUCUCUGCUUCAGAACAGUGGCUCCUCUGGAUCACAGGGACAGAGACCCUUUAGUAAAUGCAAAUAAUGGUACUCCAGGCUACUGAGUACCAUUAUUUAGUUAGCUGGGGGCUAACUGGUAAGCCACCUAGUCUGUGUCCUGCAGGGGACUCUAGGGCACCAGGCAGCUGAAUUCCCUCAGCUCUGUUGGAUGGCAGCCCUUGCCAGCUUAUCUCAGCCCCUUCCUUGCCUCUAAGGGGGUAGGGGGUGAGGAACCAGAAUGACAGCAUAUGACAGCCUCGUGAAAAGUGGAUAGUGAGCUAAUACUCCUUCAAGACCAGAGCCAGGCAGGGAGAGAAGGGGAUCCCCCAUUCUCAGGGCCAGGGCACCUUCCUGGGCUGGAGCUGGGGAAAUCAGUUCCAAACUAAUGGGUGAAGGUAUGAUACUAAAAAGGUGGCUUGCCAAAGUCAAACUCUGAAAACAAUGACCUCGAACUGGGAUUUUAGAUUCCCUCAGUUCUGCAUAUACUAUGUAUGGCCCUUUAAAAGGGAGGUGGGGAUAGAGCAGGGAGAACUCCCCAGUGUCUGGUAAUUUUUAAUCUAACCAAGUUCACAAUCCAUAGAGAAAUCAAUUGACUGAUUCCUCUUAUUUAUUUCAAGAAUUCCAAAGCUCUUGUCUCUCCCCUCCCCACUAAAAGACUCACCAUCCCAUAAUCAUGAGGGUAUUAAAGCUCAGGGUGAAGAACACAGCCCUCAGCUUCCCUGCUGAGGUGUUGUCACUGGUACUCUGUGGCUGUGAGAACAAGGAUAACUCUGUCCACUUUCCUCCCCUACAAACAUAUAAACCCUCUCAAGGGCUGGUCCCUAGGGGUUUAUGAGAGUUUGUUUCAGAGGGAAGGUUGAGGGGGUUGGGCUGGGAGAUAUCAACCUAAAUAGAGCAAUUGGCCACUCCCAGAAACAAAGGUGUAUCUCUCACAGCUGGUCCCCUAAACCUACUACCCUCAAAUCCAGCCCUUGGCCUGUCCCUUUGAAGGCCACCUAGUGGUGCAGAGGGGAAAGGACGUGGGUGGGUGAGAAUGCCCUCCCCCUGAGUCUAGACACACAUGUGCUCCAAACCAGAAACCUGGUCUCAUCAUUCUCAUUUUGCAUGAGAAGCAUCUUCUUGGCACCAAGUUCUCCAGCCCUCAGGAUGCACUUCCUUUAGGCCCUGUCUUUCUGUCUCAGGGGUUAUUUAAUAGGUUGAUUCCAAAAUGUUUCUCAUCCCAGCCUUACUGAUAUCCAGUGUAAAACCUCUGGUGUCAGUCAGAUCAGAAAAUUCUACCGGAACCCUUACUUUAUAAAAAUGAUUCUUCUGCUUCACCAUUGGGUCUAGAAGGGAGGAGAGAUGAAGGGAGAAAAGAGAGAGAGAGAAGUCCACAAACUUGUUCCAUUUCAGUCCCUUAUUUCAAAAUCUAUAAAAUUAAGUAUUAAUCAGGACACAGAAGUAUCUCAUUUAUUCAGCCGGCCCACCCAUGUUUGCAGAACGAGCACAACCACAUUACUAGGCAAGUUCACAUCACAGGUAAGAGAGAGUUCUAGGAUUGGAACGCAGAUUUCAUGACUUCCAGCCCCACCAGGCCUUUCCCCGCAAUGGAAGUCCCCCUCCCCCAGCAAGGGAAGCAGAAAGCUCAAAGUGUUCCUCAGCUUGUUCUUUGUGCGAGUCUCCACUGAUCUGGGAUAUGCCCAGGGAAUAAACUGGGAUGUGCCCAGGUUCUCUUCUGCCCUGAAGGUUCCUGCCAGUCUCCUUGGCCUUUGAUGACAGCAAAGCCCCCACAAUCCCUCAUGCCCUUCCACCACUCCUGUCUUGUUCUUCCAGUUAACUCGACUCCGUGAGUUCAUAAGUCACAAAGGCUUUCCCAAGAAUUCUUUUAACCCCCAAACUAGGCUUGCCAGUGUCUUGGGAGAUGAGCUUUCCUUCUACUAAGGGAAGGAUUGGAACUCCUUCCCUUAAUUCAAAUUUCUCCUUCCGUUUUUCCAGUCUCCCACCCGAAAUCUCUUGUCAUAACCUCAAGUCUUUUAUGCUAGUUCAGUCUUUCCUCCCUCUCAUUUCCCUGGCCUUGCCCUCCUCCUCAACUUACCUUUCUCUGUCCCUAAUUUAUUUUCCUUGGUCUUGCUAUACUCUUCCAAUUGCAACACUUAGAGCUUUGAAUGAAAACAUUCAAAGAAAAUGACAUUCUUUAGGUCUUCUGUUUGCUUCCUUGGUUUGUCCUUCACCUCCUGCCCAUAGGAGAUGAUAUGAGAGCUGGGUAGCCAGGAGCUCUCCCAUUCUGGUCUCUGGGAUGGAAGGAAGAGAAGCUGCCCUGCCAGAGACAACACAGUUCAAAGGUCAGCUUUGGUUCCUACAGCUGGCAAGUCCCUCAACCUCCUGCCCAGCCUGCCACUAGCCCAGAGGCUCCAACUCUGGCCAAAGAUUCAUAUCAUUGAGGGCUCUCGGCCACUGUUCCACCUCACACCUGUCCUGCUUGUGUGUGUCACAGAUCUCCCUUUGUCCUAAAACACUGGAUAGCCUCAUGGCUCUCCGCAUGUGGAGAAAUAUCCAUUCCAAUAACCCUGCCACCCAACAAUCUGUUUUCUUCAGAGAUACCUUGUCUGCCACCAGCCUUUCAUCCUCAGAUUCCAUCCACAGAUAACUGUGGACUUGACCCAAGGUAUUCUGAAAGGGCUGCUGACGACCUAGACCCUUGAAAGCGUCUGCUCUGGGAAGCGUUGACAUGUUACCUCCCACAUACAUUCCUCCACCAUCUUCCCAAACCAGGGAAACGUUGCUCUGAAGUAUUUUCAAGGAAGCUUGUUGUGUUUUAAUGAAGUAUUUUUCAGGGUUCAAAUGCUAUUUUUUAUAAAUGCAGCAUUUUAAUGACAGAUUCAAUGUGAAAGAUUAGUCUUUCCGAGCUCUAGAUUUGGUUUCAGAAAGAAGCACAUGGUAGGAAGAAGAAGCACAGGGCAAGGCUCUCAGAUACACAAGUUUUGCCCUAUCUCUGUCUCCAUCUCACCAGGGGCCUGAGGAUGAGUCACAGUCUCGCUGAGUGCCUCAGUUUCCUGUAAAAUGAGGGGCUUUGACUAGAUGAGCUCUGAAGUGUCACCCAGCUUUUACAUGCUAGGGCUUUCAUUAACCAUUGACCCCGCCUCCUUUCUUCACAUUCCUUCCCCACUUUAACUGAGCUGCAUGCCUCCCAUUAAGACUGCCCCAUGGGGACAUCCUUAGAUGCCCUAGACAGCCACCAGACUCCUCACCAGAACCUGGGGUGGGCCCCAUGGUCUUGGCCACCUAGGGAUGCUCUUAUAUCUAAAGGUGUAAAAGCCUACCUAUUACAUAGGUUACAAACCAUGUGUCAUGGAAGUCCUCACACACAAGCACGCCUAAAUCAUCCAGGGUGUUGUGUCAUUGGGAAAUUCUGAAUUUGGAGUUUUCAUUUUGAUAUGUCCCUUAAAGCUGGAGGGAGGGAGUUCCAAUUUCAGAGAGGGCAUGGGCUGGAAGAGAAAGGUCCCGAGGUCAGCCUACGAAGGUGUGAAGUUUGUACGUGAGAGCAGUUGGAAAUACAUUCCAAGACACAUAGGAGAAUUCAUGGCAGAAGCUCUGCGGGGCAAUGGAUGUUGUAUCCCACUCCAGAACCUGGGUCCUGAAGACUGAGUCUGGACACUGGGCUCCAUUCCAGCUGGAGGAAGGGGAAGCAUCAGCACCUAAGCUGCCAGGAGUUGGGCCCUCACCCCAUCCUAGUACAUUUCUAGCCCCUCCUUGGGACACCACCGUCCUCCUGGUGAAAGCUUGUGAAGCAAGAAUUGAGAGUACAAGUCAGUAUCAUCAAACCCAUCCUGUAAAUCGGCAAACACAUCAACCUGCAUCAGUCAGAGAAAUGACAUUACAUGUUUCCUUAAUGUCCUCUUUCCUGAGAGAGAGGAAGACCCCUGCUCAACUGUGCUGCCCACUCCUGCUGUGACCCUUGAAUGCCACUCCAUAGGAGGACUCAUUCAUUUGCUUCAUAGUGGCAAAUAUUCCUCUAGUUCUAUAACUCAACUAGAAUUUUGUAGUAAAGAAUUCUUGAAAUUCUGUAAUAAAAAGCAAUUCUUACUGUAAUAUUUUUAGUUGGGGGACACAAUUUCCUAAGGGGGGAUCAAUGAACAUUUUUAUGCAUUAGCCCAAUUUAUGGAUUCUGUGUUUAUUAUAUGGUAGUACUGAUGAGAAGUACCUUUCUAUCUGUAACCUUUGCACAGUCUCUUCUCUCCCCACCAGUAAGCUUCAUGAUGGGCAGUGCUCUCGUAACUGCUGCUUCUGUACAAAUCUCAUCAUCCUACUUAACUGUCAAAGCACAUUCUAUAUGUACUGUAAACUGAUAUCUCUUUAGUAAGAUUUAGUCUUAAGGACUUUUCCACUUUUGUCAGUAACAUAUAUUUAUGGAUUAAAAAAUAAAGCCGUUUCAACAUAA